AUGCAGCUCGCUUAUUUUGCAACUUUUGCGUUUCUAUUGGGAGGGGUUUUGAGCCAUCCUGUGGAAGAGGAUCCUGCUCCUGCUGCUACCCUAGAUGAUGUGGCUGAUUUGGGUGGUCAGGAAGCGAAAGGAGGCGAAAGACCAGCUCGUUGGCUGUCUGGAGGAUGGGGAGGAGGUUGGAACACAGGAUGGAAUGGAGGAUGGGGUGGAGGAUGGAACGGAGGAUGGAACGGAGGAUGGAACAAAGGAUGGAGUGUUCCUUAUCGGCCCUGGAGCAGCAGCUACAGUAGCUACUGGUGGUAGGAAACCAAAAACAGUGGCUUC